CCAUAGAUUAAAACAGACCUCAGGAAUAGGCUCCAAGGGGAACACCUGGCAGCCUGCUUACGAAUCUCCAUAAAUGGUCCCGAACCCAAUGACUUCCCGUACGAUAGGGCACUGGAGUUUUUUUUCAGGAAGCCACGCAGAAUUAAAUGUUCGGAUAGGGCAUGCAGGCUUUGCACCAAUUAGGGUCUCAGGCCCAGCGUUGUUCCAUGGCCUCCAGUGUUCCUAAACCAGGCCCUGGAAAUGGCCACCCCAUGAAGGCUCAGCUGCAGAUCACUGUGACGUCAGCCAAGCUGAAGGAGAGCAAGAAGAACUGGUUUGGUUCUAGUCUGUACGUGGAGGUGGUUGUAGACGGCCAAUCCAAGAAGACGGAGAAAUGCAGCAACAUACACAGCCUCAAGUGGAAGCAACCUCUCACUGUGGUCGUGUCACCUUUCAGCAAGGUGAAUUUCCGUGUAUGGAGCUACCAGAAGCGGAAGUCUGACCUGCACCUGGGCAUGGCCACGCUCGACGUCAGCGAGACGCUCAAGAACAAUGACAUGAAGUUGUGUGACGUUAUGCAGACGUUGCCGCUGUGCACAGAUAAGGAGCAGACAGACGUUGUUGGAGAUCUGUCUGUACGUCUGGACGGUAUGCAGGUCGACCCGGCAACAUUUGCGUCCGCUCAGGCUAAUAACAAGACCACAACAAAUGGAGAGUCGCAGCAUAACGAGGACACUGGCAUAAGCAGGAGCAGAGAGGGUUCUCCGAGUGUAGUGAACGUUCCUAACGGACGUGCCGUCAACGGAACCGGCUCUCCUUCCAUCUCAAAUAGGGGGUCACGACCCCAGAGGCCUCCCAGACCCUCUCGACCACCGCCGCCCACCCCACGUCGACCACAGUCUUCUCCAGCAUGCCUCUCUAAUGCUUCAGUCACAGACAGCAGCAGCUCGACUCGGCCAGACACACCAGUGCGGAUCCCUAAUCCCACCCCUGACCCUGCCCCUGUCGUCCCUGUCCCUCGGAUGCCCAUCAACAACACUGCGCCUCUGCCACCAGGAUGGGAGCAGCGAGUGGACCAGAGUGGCCGUGUGUACUAUGUAGACCAUGUGCAGAAGAGGACGUCGUGGGAGAGACCUGAGCCUCUUCCUCCUGGUUGGGAGCGGCGCCUGGACCAGUCAGGACGUGUGUAUUUUGUGGAUCAUGUGAGUAGGACAACAACGUGGCAGCGUCCCACUGUGGAGACGGUGCGCAACUACGAACAGUGGCAGCACCAGAGGAGCCAGUUAGAGGGGGCCAUGCAUCAGUUCAACCAACGUUUCAUCUACAGCGUGCAGGAUCAGGCUGCAGCUGCUCAGAAUAAAGAGUAUGAUCCACUCGGCCCACUGCCACCAGGAUGGGAGAAGAGGACGGACGCUAAUGGCCGAGUGUAUUUUGUGCACCACCCAACUCGCUCCACGCAGUGGGAGGAUCCUCGCACUCAAGGGCUGCUGAAUGAGAAGCCGCUGCCCGAGGGCUGGGAGAUGAGGUUCACCGUGGAAGGGAUUGCAUACUUUGUGGAUCACAACAGGAGAACCACCACUUACAUUGACCCACGGACGGGAAAAUCAUCACUUGAAAACGGCCCUCAGAUCACCUACGUGCGCGACUUCAAAGCCAAAGUUCAGUACUUUAGAUUCUGGUGUCAGCAAUUAGCAAUGCCACAGCACGUCAAGAUCACAGUAAGCCGCAAAUCGCUGUUUGAAGACUCUUUCCAGCAGAUAAUGAGCAGUAAUUCCCAAGAUCUUCGCCGAAGACUGUGGAUCAUCUUCCCCGGGGAGGAAGGACUCGACUACGGCGGUGUCGCAAGGGAAUGGUUCUUCUUGGUGUCCCACGAGGUGCUGAACCCCAUGUACUGCCUGUUCGAAUAUGCUGGCAAGGAUAACUACUGCCUGCAGAUCAACCCAGCUUCAUCCAUCAACCCGGACCACCUCAAAUACUUCCGCUUCAUCGGACGCUUCAUUGCCAUGGCUUUGUUCCAUGGGAAGUUCAUUGAUACAGGAUUCUCACUGCCUUUCUAUAAACGCAUUCUUAACAAACCUCUGACUCUGAAAGACCUCGAGUCCAUUGAUCCUGAGUUUUACAACUCGCUCAUCUGGAUCAAAGACAACAACAUCGAGGAGUGUGGUCUGGAGAUGUUCUUCUCAGUGGAUAAGGAGAUCCUCGGGGAGAUCACAACGCACGAGCUGAAACCAGAUGGAGGCAACAUUCAGGUCACAGAGGAGAACAAGGAAGAGUACAUAAGGCUGGUAGCUGAGUGGAGGCUGUCCCGAGGCGUCGAAGAACAGACGCAAGCUUUCUUCGAGGGAUUUAAUGAGGUCCUGCCUCAGCAAUACCUGCAAUAUUUUGAUGCCAAAGAACUCGAGGUGAUGCUAUGUGGGAUGCAAGAAAUCGAUUUGGCAGACUGGCAGAGAAACACCGUCUACAAACACUACACACGCACCAGCAAGCAGAUCGUGUGGUUCUGGCAGUUGGUUAAAGAGAUGGACAACGAGAAGCGAAUGCGUCUGCUGCAGUUUGUCACUGGUACCUGCCGCCUGCCCAUGGGCGGGUUUAAUGACCUCAUGGGGAGUAACGGCCCACAGAAGUUCUGUGUUGAGAAAACCGGGAAGGAGAACUGGCUGCCCCGGAGCCACACAUGCUUUAAUCGCCUGGACCUGCCUCCGUAUAAAAGCUACGAGCAGCUAAAAGAGAAACUACUGUUCGCCAUCGAGGAGACGGAAGGCUUUGGGCAGGAGUGAUACACACAUCUGCCAACCCUGUCUCAUUAGCUCUGGAUAAAUCUGGAACGAUGAGCUUUUUCUAUUUCACAACAGCGUUUCUCACUGCCCCUUAAACGUGGGAUGAAAUGCAUUUUGACCGUCUGUCAGAGAAAGAAAAGAUGAUCAACAUAACACAAUUUAUUAAGAAGAGCUGAAAUAGUCACCUGACUGCUGGGAGAUGAUAAUAGACAUGGGUUAGAUUAUGGGUAUUUAGUUGUAAUAAAAUUAUAUAACUUUUUUUUUUUUUUACAAUUUAAAUAAAAUAAAACAAUAUGGUGGAUUAUGUUGCAAUAUUAAGACUACAGUCUUUUGGUCAAACCAAGCACAAUCAGUCCCACAACCCAACAGACUGUUUAGAGACUGUCUAGAGAAAUUGUGUGAAUAUUCAUGAGUAUCAUGUUACUUUGUGCAGAUCUGCUGAUAAAACUCUGAGAAAUGAGCGAACGGUCAUUCACAGCACACAGAUGAUCACUGAUCUGUAAUUAUAGUUCUUUUAUGGAGUGACUGAGUACAGAACAGAAGGGAGAAUCAAGAUAACGUUUUGUUCUAAAGUCAUGCUUGGUUCUGACGCUAGAGUAACACAAACAUCCUACACAAAAGCUGUUUUUGUACCAAAUGGAAGCAGAUUUUGUAAUGCAGCCCUGAGGAAGGGGAAACAUGGGACUCAUUACUGCAGUCUGCAGCUGCCUGGCUUUGGACUCUGAAAACGCUCUGUAAUCUGGCCUCAGAAUCCCUUCCAUCUUCAAACUUGGUUUAUUCCAGCUGUGGACUUUUAGUUCUAUAACUCUUUAGUCUGGCCUCAGACUCCCGAGGCUUAGGACCGCCAUUUAGUCCAAUCUCCAGCAUGCAAAAGUAAAAGAAUUCCUUUAAGUCUGGGGAAUUCCAAAAGUCUGGUCUCGGACUACAAGGGGAAGUGUGCAUGGGUGUCUCCAAAAUAGAUGCAUCAAAGCACACAAGCUGAACACAUGCACACUAUGACUUUAUUAUAAAAGCCUGCCUGACCUACCAGGGGUGGUAAAGGUCAUGGUCUGAAAGUCUGGAGGCCAAAUUAAACAGAGUCCGAAACUCUGAGUGGGGAUAAUACCCCAACGGAAAAGAUAAGACAAGAACACAAAAAGCAUGCACAGCUGUUUGUAACAUGGCAGCCUCAAGAGGAGAAGCGCUAGCGUGUUUAAUGCUCAUGUUAGAAGAAGGCAAGAGGAAGAAAAACCAUUCUAAAAAUGUUUUUAAACCAUUAUUCUGUAUUUCGCACUUCAACAACCUGGUCACCAUCUGCAGAUACUCCCACCUACUGGAUUGGCAUAUUACUGCACACUUCCUUUCAUACGUGCACAAUAUGGGUGUUUGUGUGAACUGUGCUGAUGAUGAAAUUUGGAUCAUGCGUGGACCACGUCCCCAGAAAUAUUCCUCUCCACUCAGAGUCUCAGACUAAAGUCUGGUUUUGGACUCUGUUUAAUUUGGCCUCCAGACUUUUGAGCCCUAGAACUCUUACACAUAGUACUCCCCUUGUAAUAAGGGAAGUAACCCAACCUCUCUCUAGCUCUACAGUUCAUUCUACACGUUUCAGUCCGGACCUUAACAUUCUCUAAAUUUAUGACCGCUGUGUUUGGUAAUAAAUUUUUAUAUGUACAGAGUUUUGUUGUGACAGUGUGCGAAGGUGAACCCUUAAUGUGACUCUAAGUUCUAACCUUUUAUUACAGUGAAAGCAUCAGUGAAACUUACUUCAAACGCACAUCCUGACUUAUUUUUCACAGGGAGAAAGAGAGUGAGUGCUGAUCAUCAUCACUCUUAAUGCCCUCUGUUGUAUAGGGGGUUUAUUUUUAAAUGUCGGAGUUUCAGAUUCUGGAGCAGUGCUGGAUUUGUGCCGAUAACCAUUUACAGAGCAUCCUAUUUAAUUUAAAGGAUUUUAUUAUGGAUAAGAGGGUUCUGAAUCAAUUGAAGUCCUGAGUUGAUGAACUCAGACUUUUUUGUAGUACAGAAGGUCGUAAGAAUGGGGAUAAGUAGUUUUUUUUUUUUUUU